AUGGCAUCAAACUUGACUCCAUCCUCUGGUCAAGAUUCAACUACCCAUUCUCAAUCAAGUAGAAGUAAGACCGAUCCUGCAUGGGAGCAUGUUUCUGAAGAAAGAUAUGGAAAUGGAAGGAGAGCUCUUAUUUGUUUGUAUUGUAAAAAGAUUACAAAAGGUGGAGGUAUUCAUAGAAUGAAACUACAUCUUGCUGGAGUGAAAGGAGAUAUUGGUCCAUGUAAAUCGGUUCCACCUGAUGUCAGAUUUCGCAUGGAAAAUUCUUUGCAAGAGUUUGUGAAUGCUAAGAAAGCAACCAAAGAAGCAGAUGAAUAUAGAAAUCCUUAUGGUCCUAAUGUGUCACAAUUUGAAGGGGAUAUGGCAGAAGGUGAAGAAGAGGUUCAAGAAAUGCAAAGUCCUAUGGCAGCUAGUAGUGGAAAAAGGAAAAAAUCAACAGUGGAUAAGUAUUUUGCACCAAGAAAUACACAAGGAGCUCAACCUUCCAUGAGGAGUGUGCUAGCUGGGAAAGAAGCUACUUGGAGAGCGGAUAUGGCGGUUGGGAGAUUCUUUUAUGAUGCAUGCAUUCCUACUAAUGCUGUGAAUUCCUUCUACUUCAAGCCAAUGUUGGAUGCUAUAUCUGCAAUUGGUCCUGGAUAUAAGGGUCCAAAUUACUAUCAGUUGCGGAUUAAUCUUUUAAAGGAUGCUAAGAAGGAAGUUCAGUUACUUGUGGACUCUUAUCGUGCAAUUUGGGCAAAAGUUGGGUGUACAAUAAUGGGUGAUGGUUGGACAGAUAACAGACAAAGAACACUCAUCAACUUCCUUGUAUAUUGUCCUGAAGGAAUAUCGUUUGUGAAAUCUGUUGAUGCUUCGGACAUUGUCAAGGAUGCAACUAAUUUGUUUCAGUUAUUUGAUGAGGUGAUUGAAUGGGUGGGUCCACUCAAUGUAGUUCAUGUAGUGACUGAUAAUGCAGCAAAUUAUGUGGCCGCGGGGAGAUUGAUUUCUCAGAAGCAUAAACACAUUAAUUGGUCACCUUGUGCAGCUCAUUGUCUUAAUUUGAUCUUUAAGGAUAUUGGUAAGAUGGACCAUGUUGCUGAACUUGUAAGACGUGCAUCAAAGGUGACAAUUUUUGUGUAUAAUCAUGUUGCUUUGUUAAGUUGGUUGAGAAAAAGGGAAGGAUGGACAGAGAUUCUGCGACCUGGUGCAACUCGCUUUGCUACUACUUUCAUUGCACUCAAGAGUCUUCAUGAUCACAAACAUGAUUUGCAAGCUUUGGUGACUAGUAAGUUCUUUGUGGACUCUAGAUAUUCAAAGGAUUAUAAAAGCCAAGUUGCAGUUUCCAUCAUCUUGGAUAAUAGAUUUUGGAAUGAUUGUUUGAUUGUUGUGAAUCUUAUGUCUCCACUAAUGCGUUUAUUGCGUAUUGUUGAUUGUGAUGAGAGGCCUUCGAUGGGAUAUGUGUAUGAAGGCAUGUAUAGGGUUCGUUUGGGCAUUAAGAAAUUGUUUAACUACAGCGAAAGACUAUACAAGCCUUAUACAGAGAUCAUAAAGCAACGUUGGGAUCAACAACUAAAGAAAAGCAUUCAUUCAGCAGCUUAUUGGUUGAAUCCAUGUUUCCAAUAUGAUCAGGAAAACUUUUGUAAUAAGCCAAAUGUUAUUGGAGGUGUUAUGGAUGUUAUUGAUCAAAAAGUUUUGAAAGGCAAGAUUGAAACAAUGAAUGAAAUGAGGUUAUUUCGUGAUCGAUUGGGAAGUUUUGGGAGAGACCUUGCUUAUUCUUCACGUGAAGUACUUCAACCUGAUGAAUGGUGGAGGCUACAUGGAUAUAGUGCACCACAUUUACAAAAGUUGGCCAUUCAAAUAUUGAGCCAAACCGCAUCGUCUUCUGGAUGUGAGAGGAAUUGGAGUGUCUUUGAACGUAUACAUACCAAAAGAAGGAAUAGAUUGGAACAUCAAAGGCUUAAUGAUCUUGUAUACGUUCAUUACAAUUUGCGGCUAAAAAAUCGGUUUUAUAACAAGAAAAGAAUCUAUGAUCCCAUUGACUAUGCAUGCAUUGAUGAGACCGAUUUUUGGGUAGUUGAUGACGAUCAGCCAGCAGAGCUAGAUGUUGAAGAAUUGGAAAAUCUUCUAUAUGAAGAAGGGUCAAUUCCAAUAAAUGAAGUGGAAGGUUCAAGUUCUCACAUUGGUUAG